UCAACCAAUAAUUGAAGUCUGAAGUCUGAAAGUUUAGUUGCAAAGAGAUAACCUAGUAGGACCAGUGGAAUUUUAUUGUAUUUACUGAUAUACUUUAGUUUGUGUUUUGAUAAAAAAAUGGAUAAAUUUGAUACAGAAGUUUGUGGUUUUUUAUAUGUUAAAUCGAUAGGACAUAGAUAUAUCGCGCAAAAGAUAAGAAAAAAGCCUUUGGUAUCAACAAAAGUUUGGAAACGACUUUGGUGUUCUAUAAAGAUAUUAGGAUCUGGACUUGAAACUGAAACACAACAUUGGAUGAAGAAUAUCAGAAACCUCUUAAAUCCUAAGAGAGAUUGUUGCACAAAGAAAUCAUAUAAUAUAUCCAUGGUUGAUAAUGCACAUUCGAAGGCAGCAGGAUUGCUUGGUUUAUAUGGAAAUUUAACUGCUACUGAAACAGGAAUAUUGAUUAAAGAUCCUCAUAAGGAUGAAAUAAUUAAAUUUUUUGAAUGGAAAGAAUUUUGUCAAUUUCAUUUAAUGACAGCAGGUCGUCCAGAAGAUGUAAAACGUAUUUGUGUAAUACAUACAACUAAAGAAUUUUGCUGUGGUAUUGGAGAACUCUAUUUAUUUUGUCUUAAUGCUAAUAAGUUAUUACAAGAUUUAGUAACACAGGGUCGUGGUCCAAAAUAUAGACAAAAGUUUUUGAAUCUCAAUAAUGAAAUCUGUGAAAUAUCAAAAUAUAAUGAACUUACUAGCCCUCUUUCACAAGAAAGUAAUUCGCUAUGUUUAUUGGAUGUAGGGACAGAUUGUUUUAGGACAUCAAUACACAGUAAAGCUAUAGAGAACACAUAUCAAUCAAUACCUGCUAGCCUGACAUACAAGGAAUUAGAUUCUUAUAGUUACGAAGAAUCUGACACAUCAGUUGCUUCCGGAAUUUAUGAAGAAAUUAUGGACAAUGCAUAUUCUGCUAAAUCAAGAACCAAUACUUCAAAUGUUUAUGAGGAUACAGAUGAAAUUCUAUGUAAUGUACAUAUAAAACCUCCACCGCUGCCACCACGGCAGAGGCAAAAACCGGAGCACAUAAAGAAAGUUAGAGUAAAUACGAGAAAAUGUUUUUAUGCAGAAGUAUAUGAUUUUGAGGAAAGUCUGCAAAGUACUGAAAUAUGUGUGCAAGAAACUACUCUUGUAAACAACUCUAACUAUGUUCCGAUGUCACCACAAUUGAGAGGCCUUAAUAUGUUCAAAUUAGAUACUACGGAAAAUUCCAGACAGGAUGAUUAUAUAAUUAUGCAAUAAUUAUAUAUUUUGUAAUUCAUAGAAAAUUACAAAGAAUAUUUUGUAAUAUUGAAUACGAGAAUAAACAGAUGAAAUCGUCGCUUUCGACACGCACACACACACACACACACACACACACACACCCAAGUAUGUAGUAUUUAUUCAUACAUGAUUACAUAUAAUAUCUACUAUUACAUAAUUUACCAAUUUAAAAUGUAUUUUUAAAAAUCUUUAUUCUCUGUAUAUACUCAUUUUACAAGUGUUACAAAAACAAUAAAUAUGCGUGUGCGCGCAUAUAUAUACACAUCAUUAUAAAACAAUUAGUUUACUUUUGUCAUUUUAAUAAAUAUAUCUUUAUUCGGCACUAAGACAAAUGUCUGAGUAAUAUAUCCAAAUGAAGUUACUGUCUUUUCGCAAACAUCAAGUCUGUAAUUUCGCAAAAUACCAAUAAGUCAAAGUUUGGUUUGAAGAAUGCCUAUACGUUCACCUGCAAAAUGUAAUAUUAUCAAUUUGAACAUUACUUUAAAAUUUUUUUAACUUAAUCAGUUCAUAUUACAUUGUGAUAAAAACAUAUAAUUAUUUUAUCUGUAUAUAUCUUAUUUUAUAUUAUCUGUUCAUAUAUCUUGUAUAAUAUUUUAUGUUUCUCAAUUAAUUAAAUAUUAUAUUCACUUACGAUGCAAUUUCUUGGUCCAUAUCCAAAUAGAAAAUAAUGCAUUGGGUUUCUGGGUUGUAAAGUUUCGUCAAUGAAUCUUUCUGGAUCAAAGAUCUCUGGAUUAGGAUAUAUUUUUGGAUCGUGAUGUAAUGUGUAGAGAGGUAUAAUAACUUUUUGUUUUUUUGGCACGGUUACAUUAGUAUUUUUGAAAGUAUAGUUUGAUAAUACUUCUCGUUGUAAUGAAUCUGCUGGUUGUUUUUUUGCGCAAUGUCUCUAAAAAUAAUACAAUUUUUACAAAGUAGCAUCAAAUCAAUUUACUUAUCAGUAAUCGCGCUUUGAUAGCGUUGUUUUAUCAACUCAUUUAAACAUACUUAAUGUUACAUUUUUUUAGAAUAAAAAUAAUAAAAGGGAAUAAUUAUUAUAAAAAUGGAAUUAUUAAGUGAUUCUGAAAAUUGUGAUUGUGACGCAAGUAAAUAAGUAAAGUAGAAGUACAUUAUAUAAAUUUAAGCAUUAAUAUAUUUACCUUUAAAAACUGCAUUUAAAUAAAGCAUUGAGUUUAUAUUCUCAUAU